ACUGCCCCCCCCUGCCCCCUUUCAAAUUAAAUCUAAUAAUGAAAUAGAGAUUCACCCUCCCAGAUUUUCUUCCAAUGUAUACAAAGAUCAUGAAGAUCAUGAAGAUCUCUGACCGGUUUGAAGGAAGUCGCUCUGCUCUCGCGGACAGGACGAGCAGACACGCAAGACCCUAAGAAGCAAACAGAACACGGCAAGAAUCGUCCGAGACCAAGGGCAAGGAGGUUUGAGUCAGGAGUGACGAAUUUUAUUUUCUGGCAUCUUCGAGCUACGACAAAUAAAAUAAUAAAUUAAUUAAGCCGGAUGUAAAAGAAUUUGAGUCAUAGCGUGGAGCUGUGCCUCAGUCUAGAAUGGUUUAGAUCUGAACUGAAAAGGUCACAUCUUUUAGGCCAAAGGAUGUCUCUAUUUCCUCUCAUGGCUUGGUCAAUGUAGCUUUAUUAUUUCACAUAUAGCCUGAAAGACAAUGAAAAAAGGUUUCUCAUACAGCAUAGUACAGUAGCAUAGAUCAGUGAUGUCUUGAAUAUAUGACUACGUAGAUAUGAGCUUAAAUUACAAGGUGACAGUGUGUUUCACGCCCUGCCACACUUGGUGUAUUUCUCUCUGCUAAUGACCUGCUGUCUGGUGAUUCCUAGCUGUGUGUGGGGAUUACAAUUUAUUUUCACAGCAAACUCCGAUCGUAUUCAGUCAUCUUUGCCAGCUGGGAUCAAGACAAGAUGAUGCAUUUAGACAGAAUUAUGUAAUGGUCUGUAAAGUAGAGAGAGAGAAUUCACUUGUAAUGUCUGCGAUGACAGGAGUUUUGCUUUCUUCUCUCCUCCUCUUUUGUUAUCCUUUUAUUUAUUUGUCCUUCUCGUUCUCUCUCAGCUUGAUUUCAUUUUGCUUGAAACUCGAAAACAUUGUCUCACACAGUCAAUAAACCCUUUUUAAAAUCCCAUGGCGAAUUGUAAAUAAAUAAAAGUAAACAUUUUAAACUAAUCUUUUUUUUUUUUGUAUAGCUGCUUCUGCUUCUUUCUUUAUUCCUCCUUUUCUCCGUCGCUUCCUCAUUGUCCUAACCCCCGCCUAUGUUUCCCCUCCCUUUCUCUCUCCUGCCCUCUCUGAGUCAGGAGAAAGAGUAUAAAAACAUCGUUAUCUUUUCUGUCCAUCCCUCAAUCUCAUUCUCUCGACUUCUCAAUACACACUGGGAUUCUUCUCUGCUCUCCUGACAGACUGGUGCAUCGUUUCCCUCUCUCUCUCUCUCUCUCUCUCUCUCUCUCUCUCUCUCUCUCUUUCUCUCUCUCUCUCUCUCUCUCCCUCUCUCUCUUGAGAGAGGCUACGGUGUCCCUCUGACACCGCACACCUCCUACCGGUUUCUUUUCCCUUCACUGCUCAUCAUUCCAGCAUACGGGGAGAACUUGGCACUGGCUGCCCGGAAGAUUCUGCUGGGCGCCACGGCCAUCAUGCUUCUCAUCAUUUUGGUCGUACUCAUUCCUGUCUUGGUGAACUCAGUAGGUGGCAGCGAGGACAGUAGCCACUACAAGAUGUUGGGCACCUGCCGCAUGGUCUGCGAUCCUUACCCGGAUAAGGCAGGUACUGUUGAAACGGGAAUCAGCUCGCCGACGGACGGCGACGCAGCCGUAACCCACAUCCAAGCAGAGGCGGAGCCGCUAAGUGACCACAGUGUGAGCCCACCUUUGCCAACAUACAUCCACGGCAGGCCGGGAAAACCUGGAAAACCGGGACCUCCUGGACCACCAGGACCACCCGGAGAGCCCGGUCCUCCAGGUCCGAUGGGUCCACCAGGGGAAAAAAGAAUCACAUCAGUAGCUGGCAUUGGCAGCUUUAAUACAGGUUCACGUGUGGCAUUCUAUGCUGGUCUGAGGAACCCACAAGAGGGCUAUGAAAUCCUGAGGUUUGAUGAUGUGGUCACCAACAUCGGCAACAAUUACGACGGCGCGACAGGGAAGUUUGUGUGCAAGGUGCCCGGUACAUACUUUUUUACCUACAAUGUUCUGAUGAGGGGCGGCGAUGGGACCAGCAUGUGGGCAGAUCUUGUGAAAAAUGGACAGGUGAGGGCAAGUGCUAUAGCCCAGGACCAGGAUCAGAGCUAUGAUUACGCCUCGAACACAGUGAUCCUGCACCUGGACCCAGGAGACGAGAUCUUCAUCAAGCUGGAUGGUGGCAAAGCUCACGGUGGAAACAGCAACAAAUACAGCACCUUUGCAGGCUUCAUCCUUUACUCUGAUUAGCAGAGAUGAUGUUAAGGUUUGUGAUUUCUUAAAGGUGGGGUUCAGUGUCGUGAAGGUGAGGGUUCAGUGUCAUGAAGGUGAGGGUUCAGUGUCAUGAAGGUGUCGUGGCUCACCUUCAUGACGGAAUCCGCCUUCACUAAUCGUCAGACUAUUGAGUAAAAAAAAGGGGGUAAAAUUAGGGCUAAUUUUAGGUGUUGAUCAAAAAACGUUAGUAAUAAGAUACUGUAGAUGGCUGAAUAUUUUCCUUCUUAAACAGUGGAUAAUUAAAUACAGUGUUUUGCAUAAGUAUUCACCCCUUUUACAACCCUUCCAUGUUUUUUUAUUAUUGCAUAGGUAGACAGCUGAAGAAGAUUGGAUAAACAGUGCAUGGCCUGGUUCGCCUGUACAGAUUUGUGUGCUCAAUGUAUUCCCAUUCUUUGCUAAACAAAGUGGACCUCUUGUGCGCUUCUGUUGUCAUAGUGCAUCUGCCUCAAGUUUUGAUGUGCAUUCUGGGAUGCUUUCCUGCUCACCACAGAUGUAAAGAGCGGUUAUAUGAGUUACCGUAAUCCUACUGUCAGCUUGAACCAGUCUGGUCAUUCUUCUUUCUGAAUUGUUGUAUCACAUCCUCCCAAGGGGGCACGGUGGCUUAGUGGUUAGCACGUUUGCUUCACACUUACAGGGUUGGGGGUUCGAUUCACGCCUCCGCCUUGUGUGUGUGGAGUUUGCAUGUUCUCCCCGUGCCUCGGGGGUUUCCUCCGGGUACUCCGGUUUCCUCCCCCGGUCCAAAGACAUGCAUGGUAGGUUGAUUGGCAUCUCUGGAAAAUUGUCCGUAGUGUGUGAGUGUGUGAGUGUGUGAGUGAAUGAGUGUGUGUGUGCCCUGUGAUGGGUUGGCACUUCGUCCAGUAUGUAUCCUGCCUCGAUGCCCGAUGACGUCUGAGAUAGGCACAGGCUCCCCGUGACCCGAGGUAGUUCAGAUAAGCGGUAGAAGAUGAAUGAAUGAAUGAAUGAACAUCCAGCUAAGGGUUUGGUGUGCAACUGAACCCAAUUCUCCUCUUACCUUUCUCAAUAAAAUGUAUGACAAAUAUAGGAACUACAGUAUACUGAUUUUAACUCCCACUUCAGUUCCCAAAAUGUGGAAAAAGUUCAAGGGGUUCAAGAAUGACUACUUAACGCAAAACACUGUAAAGCCUUUAAUUCUAAU